AUGAAGCUGCCGGGAGUCCCACGGCCGCCCGGCGCGCAGGGGCUGCGGAACCACGGGAACACCUGCUUCAUGAACGCGGUGGUGCAGUGCCUGAGCAACACGGCGCCGCUGGCCGAGUUCCUGGCGCUGGGCCGCUACCGCGCCCGCGGGGCCCGCGCCGAGGUCACGCACCGGCUGGCCGCCCUGGUCCGCGCCCUCUGGACCCGCGACUACACGCCGCAGCUCUCCGCCGAGUUCAAGAACAUCGUCUCCAAGCACAGCUCACAGUUUCGGGGCAACGCGCAGCACGACGCCCUCGAGUUCCUGCUCUGGCUGCUGGACCGCAUGCAUGAGGACCUGGGUGCCGCCUCCCCCGCCCAGCAGACCCGCGUCCCCGAGGAGCCCGGCGAGGACGGGAGCGGCGGUGCCGGCAGCUCCCCGCCGGCCGCCCAGCAUCCCCGCGGGCAGAGCUUCGUGCAGAGCCACUUCCAGGCACAGUACAGGUCCUCCCUGACGUGCCCUCACUGCCUGAAGCAGAGCAACACCUUCGACCCCUUCCUGUGCAUCUCCCUGCCCAUCCCGCUGCGCCAGACCAGGGCUCUCAACGUCACCCUGGCGCUGCAGUGCGAGCGCCGGCGGUUCGUGCGGGUGGGGCUGGCCGUGCCGCUGCUGGGCACCGUGGCCGAGCUGCGGGAGAUGGUGGCGCGGGAGGGACGCAUCCCCCCGGAGCAGGUGAUCCUGGCCGAGGUGUCCCCGCGGGGCCUCCUGCGCUCUCUGGGCGACGCGGAGGAGCUGAGUGCUGCCGGGGAGGGCGCUCCACUCUACGCCUUCCAGCCGCCCCCGGCCCGCCGCACAGAGGCGGCUGCACGCCGUCGGGAUUGGGGGGAGGCGGCCUUUCUGCCGGGAUUGGGGGGAGAGUGGUUCGGGCCGCCGCUGGUGCUGCGGGAGGAGCGCGGCGUCUCCUGGGAGCAGCUCCAGCAGAGCAUCCUGGCCCAGCUGCGGGCCCUGCUGCGGGCAGAGGUGCGGGCGCAGGGCACGGGAGCCCUCUUCCGCAUCCGCCUGGCCGGGGGCUCGGCCCCCUGCGCCUACCUGUCCCCGCAGGACCCCCGCCCUCUCUGCCACCCCGCCGUCGACAGAGCGCUGCAGCUGAGCGCGGCGGGUGGCCCUCCCCACGUGAAGCUGACGGUGGAGUGGGACAUGAGCACCAAAGAGCGCCUUUUCGGCAACAUCCAGGAGGAGGUGGUGCAGGAUGCGGAGAGCGUGCGGCUGCAGCAGCAAGCGCACCGGCAGCAGCACAGCUGCACACUGGACGAGUGCUUCCAGCUCUACACCAAGGAGGAGCAGCUGGCCCCAGAUGACGCCUGGCGCUGCCCGCACUGCAAGGUGCCCCAGCAGGGCACGGUGAAGCUGAGCCUCUGGACGCUGCCCGACAUUCUCAUCAUCCACCUCAAGCGCUUUCGCCAGGUGGCUGAGCACCGGCACAAACUCACCACGCUGGUGAGGUUCCCCCUGCGGGGUCUCGACAUGGCCCCCCACGUGGCGCAGCGGGGCCAGGCCGGCGGGCAGCUGUUGGGGCGCUGGGCGCCCUGGCAGCCCCCCCUCUGUCUGCCCCCGAGCUGCCCCCGUGACUACCUCUACGACCUGUACGCCGUCUGCAACCACCACGGCAGCAUGCAGGGUGGCCACUACACCGCCUACUGCUGCAACGCCCUGGACGGGCGGUGGUACAGCUACGACGACAGCAGGGUGGAGGGGGUGCAGGAGGCGGAGGUGAGCACCCGCAGCGCCUACAUCCUCUUCUACCAGCGCCGCAACGCUGUGCCCGCAUGGUCGGCCAGCGGCUCCGUCAGGGGCUCCACGGCCUCCUCGCUCUCGGAUCACUGGCUGGCCCGCCUGGGUGGCAGCACGCGGGACACCACGGCCUCACGAUCCUCGGCCACCCGGCCCUCCCCGCCCGGCACCCCGGAUGCCACCGCCGUCCCGGAGAAAGGUGGCUUCGAGGCCCGACCCUUGGUGCGGGGCGUCCAGGGUCGCAGCCUCAGCGUCAAGCUCUCGCCUGCCCGUGGCCCCCCCAGGGCCGGGCCCCCGCGCUGGUCCUUCGCGGGCAAGGAGCGGGGCCGGACAGGGGGCCCAGGGGAGCUGGUUGCCUACCUGGAGUCGGGGCGCCGGCCCCGCUGCACCCGCCGCUCCCUCCUCCCGCUUGGCACAGCUGGGGAGAGUGGCCCUGUCACCCCUCAAGCCCCCAGCCCUGCACCAGCUGGCCCCCCAAAACAGCCCGGCAAGGGGCAGGAGGAGCUGUGCACCCCCCGAGCACCCCGCCAGCCCCUCCGUGUGCCCAUGCUGCGGCGAGCCGCCAGCGCCGGCGCUGAGGGGUCCCUGCGCCUGCCCCCCAAAAGCCAGAGCAGCCCCGGGAGGAGUGGGGAGGGGACAGGGGGGCUCUGCCACCCUGGGUCGCCGCAGCCGGAGGGGGACGUGGGUGUCCCCCCAGUACGGCUGUCCCCAAGCCUAGCAGCCAUGGCGCACUCGCGGAGCUCGGCCAGCCUGCCCCUGCGCCCCAAGGGGGGCCUGCGGCGCUCGGCCUCACUGGGCAGGGGUGCGGGGGGCCCCCCCUUGCCCACCCGGAGUCCCCCCGGGGCCACGCUGCAACGGGGACGGCAGCCCCCGGGCUUGCUGUGCCGCCCAGCCGUGCCCGAGUCCAGCUUCUGA